AUGCGCGGCGACACGCUUCAGUAUCUUUACCAGAAUCUGACAUUUUCGCACACCCCAGAAGGAUGGAUGGACUAUAUGGCUGUAGCUGAACACCAUGUUGGAGGAGCCAAGGGCCAGGUUUACAAGAGCUCGGAAUGGGUUCGCAGAGUGGUGUAUGAAGACAUCUUGCCUGCCACUCUCGAUGAUCUCGGUCUUCACAGUAUCGCCGCUCUCACCAUGGAAGUCGCACAUCCUGGACUGUCACCUUAUGAAAAAUACAUUGACUACGUGGACGCGAUUGAACACUUCCUUGUGCAUGACGAAGACCUGACAGCGGUUGAAGCUAUCGCAACGAAGUUCGUUAAUCUUGAUACAAUCGAAUAUCACCCCGGAUUUCAAGAUGCGCGACAGGGGUACCAGCCCCGUCGAGCAAUGUUAAGUGUCAUCGAACAGACCGCCGACAUGAACGAUGAAGAUGAUGAGGAUGAUUUCCUAAACAUAGAACACCGAUCUUGCACCUGGAAGACCAACACAUCCCAGAGUCUUCUUGACCCAUCAGUCGAACACGUCCAUCUCUUGGUCAAUGCCGCUCUGGAGAACCCUUUGCGCAAAGCUCCACUCACUCAUCGCAUCAAAACUCUCCACCCUUAUGCGUUCGCUUAUGGUUAUGAUGACCAGCAGUGGCCAAAGAACAAUAAGCUCCAUCAUAUUGACAUCCAGUACAUCGGCUUGAAUAGAUCAGAAGAUCACGACAUGGGAGACUACCAGCUUUUUAGCGAUCCAGGUACCAUACACCGCUUCACGAAUAUGCGCACACUGCGACUCGCGGGCGCACACCCUCAUCUCAACGGAUCACUGAAUCUACAGCGUCUCGGCUCAAAGGACUGCAAGCCCGAGUGGCCAAACCUCACCGAUAUCACUCUCGAGAACGUCAAGCUCAGUAGUAUCGCAGUUGGGUUUGUCAAGACGCUACAAGUGCACGCUCACUUCCGAAACGUCAUUUGGUUGGGCAAGUCUAUUCUCGACUUCGACAAGGGCUCGGAUUUUCUACAGGUCGUCGUCAUGGGCGUGCAUGUUGCAAGAUACACACAAGUCAUGGGCUUUGCAUCAGCAUGGAAUAGUAUGACAGAUGAGACGCUCGCAACGGACCUUGUGCCUGUCAAUUUGCCGAAUGGCGAUAAUCCCAACGAGACUACUGAUGUAUUUCUUGUGUCCUACGACCAGGAGGGAGCGCAGAAGCUUGCGGUGGAGGUGGGUUAUGUCAUGGGCAAUUCUGGGCAGAAGGGUGGCAAGAUCAAGGUCGCAGAUGAGUAG